UUCCGUCCUGUGUCGGGACAACAUCGCCAAAGAGGACCACCUGACGGUUAGAUCGGACUAAAUGGAAGUCCUGGAGGAAACUCUCACUUACCGAGAUGACACCGGACUUUACAAGAAGCUGCUCCGGGAGGACGGGAAGGGCCUCGCCGACACACACAGCGACGAGUCCAACUACGUGGACCUGGACAUAAAACCAGACGUCACCAAAACUGUCAAAGUCACUUUCACCGGAGAGGGACAGCAGCUGUCUGUCAAAUGCGACGGUUCGAGACCGAGCGAGGCUAAAAUCAUCUCAGAGGACUUUGUGGAAGAACCUUCAAAGGACACGAGGACCACCGGCGUCUGCGCGCACGUUCUGGAUGAACCUGUCACCAAACUUCCCAAACCCAAUCAGGAUCAAGAGGAGAACUCUGACCGGAAAGAUGUGGAUGACGAGCGCAGUGAUCAGAGUGAUGGCCUGCGAUACACCGACAUGUAUUUAAACAGUAAUUCCGAGUCUGAUGACGGUGCCAGCACGGUGUUGUCGGACCACUGCGAGUACGACACGGCGGAGGACGAGUCUCACUAUAUCACCACGCACAAAAUCCAGCUGAUAGAGCUCGACCACGAUCCAGAUUAUGACCUGGGCAGGGGGACGUGGGACUUUGAGGACGACAAUCUGGUUUAUUCGUUUGUGGAUUACGCCUCUUUUGAAAGUGACGAAACGCAGGAUGGCACGAGCCUCGCAAAGGCGCAGCCUUGUGUCGGCGGUGCGCUGAUCAGCUCCGAGCAGGAGGAGAGCGAAUGCGCCAGCUCGGAUGAAAGCGAGUGUAAAAACCAAAGCCGAGACGACGUGGCCGAGAAAGUCCACGUCUCCAUCCAAACGUCCUCCAGGACAACCGAGAGCGAGCCACUGUUUUUCAGCGAACGCGCUGGAGACAGCGCCGGUGGCGCCAGAGCGGGGCCCCUGACCGAUCCGUCUAAAUAUUUUAUCCCUGCUCCAGGACGUCAGCACCUUGCAACCAAACUAAGACGGAAAGACAUUAAUGAGUAUUCCAGUGGAGCGUCCAGCUCCAUCAGUGAGAUGGAUGACGCGGAUAAAGAGGUGCGUAAUUUAACCGCCAAGUCUUUCCGAAGCCUGGCGUGUCCGUACUUUGAUGCCAUUAAUUUCAGCACCUCUAGCGAGUCCUCUGUGUCGGAAUAUGGACUAAAUAAGUGGUCAGCCUACGUGGACUGGAAUUAUGGGAUGGGGGGAGAACGGAGUCUCAUUGCGCACAAAGCCUUCAGCACGACACUGGGGAGGAGGACGCAUGGUGAGUCUGAUCCUCAAACCACACUGAACGAGAGAACAUCUCCUCCUCGAGAGCCGUCCACUGAUGCACCUCCACAGCAGGGUGGAGUAACUCUGAGCAUCCCUUGCAAUGUAGAAGAAGAGUUACACGAAGGUGCCCUGCGCUCGAAAAGCCACCACAGCGCGUUUUCCAGUGCCGAGGCGACGCCGGGGACUGCGUGGGCCAGGUCAGGCUGUGAGAUCAACACAGGAGACACUCACAAAAAAGCGAUUUUUGCAUCAAGUCUCCUCAAGAAUGUAAUUUCCAAAAAGAUGCAGUUUGAACAGGAGCGGAAAAUGGAGAGGGGUGAAAUCUUCGACACGCACCCGGCGCUCUCCUCUUCCUCUCAAUUGAAAGAUCAAGACGCCACGAAAGAAAAGAUGCAAACAUCUACAGGCUUGGGAUUUAUUCCCACUCCUGGAGAUAAGCAGCAGUCAAGCACGUGUGAACCUCCAGAAGCGGAGAAGCGCAAAAAAGCGCAAGAGGAUGCUUGCGCGUCAGAGAAGGGACAAGUGGAGCCUCCGAAAGAGCUCAUCUGCAGUCAGAGCAGCGCUUUUAAUUCUCUGAAAGAGCAGCAGCCACAGCUUACAAAAGAAGCUGUAAGUGAUGCAAAAGAAGAGUCGGAGAACAAGAACAUGCUGAGCAAACUGUCUCAGGUUUUUGUUCCAAGCUGCCAGCUUGUUUCCAAAGAGAAGGAAUCCACAGAACCUGUCACACCUGCUGGUGCACAAAAAUGUGAACUCAACACGAGUGUGAGUGAAGAAAAGUGGAGGCAGAGGAGGGCACCCGAAAUAAAAAUUUGUGUGAGAAGUGUGAAAGAAAACAGAGGGUGCACACUUAACAUAGCCAACCUGUUAACCCCUAAAAUUAGUUUAAACACCAUCAAUGCUUUGAGAGCAGUGGGAGAUUCUAAGUACCACGUUUUGUCUGCCUCAAACAAAUUUACAAACUUCACAGUUGGAGACACACACAGACAGACAGAGACACAGUUAAGAGACACCAAAUGUAAGUUUCAAACCCCGAUAUAUCAUGUGAGAGAUGUGCGAAAAUUGGUGAAAAGCUCUUAUCGUUUCAUGUCUUUGGAUAACAGCAAUAAAAGUUCCACCGCUCCUCCUAAAAACGAGGCUAAAACCGAACAGGUUAAAUAUUUAUUACCAAACCCGAUUGUAAUUAAGUAUCAUUCUGUUAAAACUACAACCGGAGGCUCACAGAACCGAUCGGAGACAGGCAGGUUGUCUCCGACAAUCCCUUUAGAAAUAUCUCAUGGUGAAAGGGAGCCAGUGAUGUGUGCAACGAGCAGAGCGCCGCCUACUGGAGCCAAACAACUCAAUACUUAUCAGUCCGAAAGUCAGACCAGCAGUGAGGUCAAACAGGCCAAACAGAGGCUCGAAGUGUUCAUGGGUGACACAGCUGAUCGGAGACACGAGACAACCAUACCGAAGCAGGCCGCCUUAGAGAAAUUAAAAGCUGCUGUCAAAACAAUGGAACAGCUUUAUGGUUUCACUAAUAGUGAGCAGAAGUGUAAAAAUGAAGGUCUGCAUGCCGUUGCAGACAGCCGCGUGGUUUCACUUAUCUCCCGUGAGGAGCACGGGGCCGGGGAGUUCGACACAACAAUGAGGAGCAGCAGACUCGCUAAUCCCGAAGAAAAAACAGAGAGGAUUCCUCCGGGUGAAACCCCACUGACCGAGAAAUGCGAGCUGCAAAAAGACAGAGAAAGCUUAACUAACACAUUUCCAACACAAUCACAACAAAGUAAAGUGUUCAAGAAUCAAAGCGUACUCCACUUUGGCCAAAGCAGUCAGACACAUGUCACAUCAAGUUUUGUCAGUAAUACCGCUCCACACAGUUCAGCCGUGCACACAUCAUCUGCUUUGAAAAGCUCCAGAUCACCUGUGGCUCCACACACAGCAAAAAUAGAAGCCCCAAAAGAUGGGCAGGUGGGUCAGGGAAAGGUCAAAGUCCGUCCCUCGAAUGUCACAGUUGCGCACGAUGGCUCAGACUCAGAGAACUAUUUAACUAUACCGGGACUGGGGUAUAAAAAUGAAAUCAAGCUGCUGAAUAGAGAGCAGCUGCUGCCGAGUGCUGUUUCUAACGCGAGCCAAAGCCUUACAGGCGGCACCGUGAGACCUGAGCAGUCAGAUCAGAAAAAUUCUCCAUUAAUCACAGAGUGCCCGGCUUCAGUCUAUCAUCACUCAGCAGCAGCUACACCAGGGCUGCAAACACAACAGGUGUUAUGUUUCUCGCCCUUCGUCCCCACUGUGUCGCCCACUCCACAGACUGAGCGAAAGAUGCUGUUGGACCCCACUACAGGACAUUAUUACCUGGUGGACACACCGGUACCCGCACCGACCAAGCGGCUGUAUGAUCCAGACACGGGUCAGUAUGUGGACGUGCCCAUGCCCCACUCACCUGUGCCAGCACCUGUUACCCCUGUGACUCCUGUUACCCCAGUCCCUCUUUCCUUGUCACCCUUGGCAGUGAGCUCAGGAGCAUAUACUCCCACCUACAUGAUCUACCCGGGGUUCAUCCCCUCACCCACGCUACAAGUCCAGACAGGGUUGUCUCAGACAUCGUGUCAAUCCGAGAAGGCAAAAGGGGAAAAUAUCAAACACGCCACAAGACAAUCUGGACAGGAAGUGAACGCAACAAGCAGAGAGAGUGUCUAUUACAGUGCGACAGCAGAGGCUCCGUCAGCGCCACAGCAGCCAUCUUUCACUGCCAGGGGACGUGCAACCAGGUCGGAGCGGAAGCCGGUUAUCAGCAUCACAACACAGCAAGGUCCAACAGUCGUCACCCCUCCUUCAUUCGCAGGAACAAGCUUUGUUGUGGAGCAUCGAUGACCAAGACAUCAUCACAUCACACAGUGUCAUCAGAGAUGCCUCAGAGAUGAAACACCUCCUUUUGUGAACACUGGGGACUCCGAUACAAUACCUGGGAGUUUUCAAGGUCUUCUUAUGAAAGGACUCCCAGAUUCCAUUCGGGUCGCUAGAUGUGUCCAUGUUUUCAAGUCUUCCACCAGACUGCAUGUAAAGACCUGUGAGACAGUCUGAUAUUGAAGUUUAGCUGCAUAAAGUCUGAGAUACAGAGCAGAUGGCAGUCUGCUGGACCUUCAGCUGAAUCCUUCGGGAAAAUACAACAUUGUCUGUUGGCAGAGUUCACAAAGUGGACGCUUCUAUAGACCCUACUGUUCUGCAGGAGUCUCCAGCAUCUUCCCACGAGGACAUGAUCCUUAGCCACCCCAACAGUAUUAAAACACCAUGUCCAGUGGUGUUGUCUGGACACUCAAAACAGGUGGAACGCACACACAGCAGAAUCCACAUACAGCACACACAGACGUGCAUGCAUCAUUCAACUCCAACGCCGAGAUGUGCUUGUGCGUUUUUGUGUGAUAGAGUGUGACACAUCAGUGACUGUGAUUAUCAUGAGUUGCACCAAAAUGUACUUUGGUCCAGCUCUUAGGCAUAGAGACAUUUUUUUCUCAAAGAAACAAAUACAAAACAAACCGUCAAAUUCUUUAAAUAUGCCCGAAGUUUACAAUGAAUGAUUUUUUUUUUUGUUGCUGUUGUUAAAUUCUGUAUGACCAAGACUGUUGUUCUGAUAAUUCUGUGUUGUUUUGUUCUACUUUGUUAGUAUGACCAUAACAGAUGGUCACCCCACUGAAUCUAGACUGCUUGAGGUUUCUUCCUAUAAUCAAUAAACACCUCAGAGUCAUUUGCGAGGUGGAUAAGAUUUAAAACUUGCUCAUGUGUGGUGUAUUGGGGUGACGUUUGUUGUGAUUUGGGGUUGUAUAAAUAAACUGAAUUGAAAUGAACUGAAAUGAGAUACACUCUGUGAUUUUCUGCUGUUGUACCCCAUCUGAUUCAAGUUUCAAUGUGUUGUGCAUCCAAAGAUGCUCUUCUGCAU